CUGCCUGCGAUGUGACUCCACGCCGCUCGCUCGUUCGCUGGAAUAUCACCCUGCGUGACAAGUGACGGAUUUUACGCGCACGCCACGCAGUCCGGUUUUCCAAAAUCAAGAGGACACCGCGGCAGCGGCCAAUGCCUUUUACCAUGACUGUGGGAUUAAUAACGAUUUUGUGUGCUGUAACGGCCGUUUUCGCAAUGGAAGAAACAUUAAUGGACACCCGGACCGCCACAGCAGAGCUCGGGUGGACGGCGUACCCUUCGUCAGGGUGGGAGGAAGUAAGCGGCUAUGAUGAAAACCUCAACACCAUCCGAACGUACCAGGUGUGCAACGUCUUUGAGUCCAACCAGAACAACUGGCUGCUCACCACCUUCAUUGCACGACGUGGCGCUCAGCGUAUCUACGUGGAGAUGCGUUUCACCGUUCGAGACUGCAGCAGCAUCCCGCGGGUGCCUGGAUCCUGUAAGGAGACCUUUAACCUGUACUACUACGAGACAGACUCUGUCAUCGCCACCAAGGGUACGGCGUUCUGGAUGGAGGCUCCGUAUUUGAAGGUGGACACUAUUGCGGCAGACGAGAGCUUCUCGCAAGUGGAUUUUGGUGGUAGAUUGAUGAAAGUGAACACGGAGGUGCGGAGCUUCGGCCCGUUGUCGAAAAACGGCUUUUAUUUGGCAUUUCAGGACUAUGGCGCAUGCAUGUCCCUGCUGUCUGUCCGUGUGUUUUAUAAGAAAUGCCUGAGCGUGGUGCAGAACUUUGCAAUAUUUCCAGAGACCAUGACUGGGGCAGAGAGCACCUCGCUGGUGAUUGCUCGCGGGAUGUGCAUCCCGAAUUCUGAGGAAGUGGACGUGCCGAUUAAGUUGUACUGUAAUGGCGACGGGGACUGGAUGGUUCCAAUUGGGAGCUGCACCUGCAAGGCGGGAUUCGAGCCGGAUAACGGGAACGUCUGUCGAGCUUGUCCUCCAGGAACGUUCAAGUCCAGUCAAGGGACGGGUUUGUGUCUUCAGUGUCCGUCCAACAGCAGGUCCACAUCUGAAGCCGCCACUAUCUGUGUCUGCAGGAAUGGCUACUACAGAGCAGACGGAGAGCAGCCAGACAUGCCCUGCACUAGUGUUCCCUCUGGACCAAGAAACGUCAUCUCUAUUGUGAACAAGACCUCCGUGACUCUGGAGUGGCACUCUCCGCGUGAGACGGGCGGCCGUGAUGAUGUUGUGUACAAUAUUAUUUGUAAGAAAUGCCAGGCGGACCGUCGUUCCUGCUCCCAUUGCGACGAUAAUGUGGAAUUUCAGCCCCAGCAGCUGGGACUGACCGAAUCCAGAGUCUUCAUCAGUAACCUGCUGGCACACACUCUCUACACCUUUGAGAUCCAGGCGGUCAACGGCGUCACCAACAAGAGCCCGUAUCCUGCCCAACAUGUCUCCAUAGACAUCACAACCAACCAGGCUGCUCCGUCCAUUGUUCCCAUAAUGCAUCAGGUCAGUUCGACGAUGAAAAGCAUCACGUUGUCAUGGCCCCAGCCUGAACAGCCCAAUGGAAUUAUUCUCGAUUAUGAGCUACGUUACUAUGAGAAGGAGCUGUCUGAGGUGAACUCCACACAGGUGAGGAGUCAGACGAACACGGCUCGUGUGGACGGAUUACGGCCGGGCACCAUGUACGUGAUGCAGGUUCGCGCCAGGACGGUUGCCGGUUUCGGCAAAUACAGCAGCAAAAUGUGCUUCCAAACCCUCACAGAUGACGACUAUAAAUCAGAGCUGAGGGAGCAGUUGCCGCUGAUUGCGGGCUCAGCCGCGGCUGGAGUGGUCUUCAUUGUGUCUCUGGUGGCCAUAUCUAUAGUCUGUAGCAGGAAACGUGCAUACAAUAAGGAGGCCGUAUACAGUGACAAACUCCAGCACUACAGCACUGGAAGAGAACUCACUUUAAGGCCAGAUCUGUCCAACUGCCACACACCCAUGGGCUGCCCGACCCUGCCAGGCUCUCCGGGGAUGAAAAUCUACAUCGACCCUUUCACCUACGAAGAUCCUAAUGAAGCCGUCAGAGAAUUUGCCAAGGAAAUAGACGUCUCCACUGUCAAGAUUGAAGAAGUUAUUGGGGCAGGUGAGUUCGGGGAGGUGUAUAAAGGUCGACUGAAACUGCCUGGAAAACGAGAGAUCUACGUUGCCAUCAAAACACUGAAGGCGGGCUAUUCUGAGAAGCAGAGGCGCGACUUCCUGUCUGAGGCAUCAAUCAUGGGGCAGUUUGACCACCCCAACAUCAUUCGCCUGGAGGGUGUGGUCACCAAGAGCCGACCGGUCAUGAUCGUCACAGAGUUCAUGGAGAAUGGGGCACUCGACUCGUUCCUUAGGCAAAACGAUGGGCAGUUCACAGUGAUCCAGUUGGUGGGGAUGUCGAGGGGAAUUGCCGCAGGCAUGAAGUACCUGUCCGAGAUGAAUUACGUCCACAGAGACCUGGCUGCCCGCAACAUCCUGGUCAACAGCAACCUCGUCUGCAAGGUGUCGGACUUCGGCCUGUCCCGUUAUCUGCAGGAAGACACCUCUGACCCCACCUACACCAGCUCACUGGGUGGAAAGAUCCCUGUGAGAUGGACCUCGCCGGAAGCCAUCGCAUACAGGAAGUUCACGUCUGCUAGUGACGUCUGGAGUUACGGUAUCGUCAUGUGGGAGGUGAUGUCUUUUGGCGAGAGGCCCUACUGGGACAUGAGCAACCAAGAUGUGAUCAACGCUAUAGAACAGGAUUACAGGCUGCCGCCCCCCAUGGAUUGUCCCACUGCUCUCCACCAGCUGAUGCUCGACUGCUGGCAGAAAGAUCGGAACGCUCGGCCGCGCUUCACGGAUAUCGUCAGUACUCUUGACAAACUCAUCCGCAACCCCACCAGCCUUAAAGCAGUUGCCAGUAUACCCACUAUCCCGUCCCAACCGUUGUUGGACAAGUCCAUCCCAGACUUCACCACCUUUAGUUCUGUAGAGGAUUGGCUGGCUGCUGUCAAGAUGUCUCAAUACAGAGACAACUUCCUCAACUCUGGCUUCACAUCCCUACAGCUGGCCACCCAGAUGACUUCAGAGGACCUGUUGAGGAUAGGUGUGACUCUAGCCGGCCAUCAGAAGAAAAUCCUCAACAGCAUUCAGUCCAUGCACCUGCAGAUGUCCCAGUGUCAGACGGGCACAGCGCUGGCAUGACUACAGGGGGCGCCAGACGACGGGCUGGGCAGCUUGCGUAAGAAUUACCAGCGGGUGAGCCCAAUCCCAUCGGAGCGCGCAAGAAUAGAGACUAUCAUCCUGAUCUGAGAACAUGUUUCAGGAGAGGAACCAUUAUCCCAUAUCCAACAGACCAGAUCGGAACAGGACCACCGAGACUCGCAGGACAUCUGUUAACCCAUCGGCUAUUUGUCUCUUUGGGCUACAUUUACAGGGAAAACCGAAGAAGCGGACUCUUUUGUCCUCUUCUUGUCAUUAAUUCUGUUUUAGUUACCUUCGCGUUGCUUAUCAAAAAAAUCACUAUGACUAUUCAGAUUCUGAGACGUCUACAUCGUUUUCUACAAGGUUCUUUCAUUCUUCAUUUUUUCCACUAUAAACCUUCUAUCGUCACUGCUUACCACUAACACUACCUGUCGAUCUCGGUAUGGCUGAUGUUGCCAAAGGACAUCCUGUAUGCCUGCGUCCCAUCCCUAGGCCAUACAAGCAUAAAUGUUGUAUAUCUUUAAAUAAAUACGAGUAUAUCUUCAGAGUAAACCUUCAUAUUGAAGGUGAAGUGUAACAGACCUGUAUGUAAAUACCCUCUUCUUCCGCUUGCAUUUUUGGCAAUGUUGCGUGUUGGACCAGAACCGCCGAUUCUGCAGGACAUGGACUCGCUUACGUCAGCGCGACGCCACGAGAACAAUCUGGGAUGAACUCUGACUCUGUCAAUGUUGUGUAAAUAUCAGUUAGUUGUGUAUAAACUAGUGUUAAAAAGAUAUACUUUAGGUGAAAAAAGCUACGCAUUCAGGCCACUAAACAGUGUUUAUUGUAGGUGUUUCCACGCUGAUGAGCACUUACGUGUACAGCUUUUCUUUGUUCCACUUCUUCUUCUACUUCUAGUCGUUCUUGUUAGUUUCGUGUCAGAGUGUUUGAAUGCGUCGACUAGCAUUGGGGGAGGGUGCGUAGUCACCGCCUAAACUAGCUAGUACACUUAAAUGUAGUUCCUCUGUUAAUAAGCUGUACUAAUGUUGGUCUUACAGGGUCUUUAAAACCGCUAAUCUGUUUCCAAGCACGUGUUUACAUAAGCGAACGGAAAGGUCCCAGACAGGAAACGAAGAGACUUGCGAAACCGCUGCCCUUUACCAAUUUUAUCAGGCCGAGUCACACUCUCGGCUCCAGAUGUUUCUGGAUGACAUUGCUAAAUGCGGUACAUGUUCUUUCAUGCCAUCAGCUCUCCAUUUAUUUGUGUGUGUGUCUGGAUUGAACAUCUGUGUGACCCUUUAUGAACAGAUGCCUAAUGCCACCCCAUUGAGCACAUUCUACUUAAGCAGUCAGUGAAGCACUGGGAAACACACACACACAGGCUUUUGAUGGCUUUGGACUGUUACUUUUUGGUUGCCAUGAAGAAAUAGCAUCAGCUUAUUGACGAUGAUAAUAAUAAUAUUAUAGG